GCUAAGACGCAGGUGCUUCGGUUCAUCUGUGACAAACAGUACACAGAUGGCUGGAGCAAGAGCAAUGCCAGUCCAGGCACUCAGGCACGCAGAUGGCUUGCAGAGCUAUCGCCGCAGAUUGCCAACAAGGUGCAGGACAGCUGGGGAUGGGAACUUCAGAACGGGCAGGUCGCUGUGAUGAUCAUGCAGAAUAGCGGCAGGAUUGCGGCCAAGCAGCGUUGGUUUGUUGAGAAAACACCCAGCGCUGAUUUGCAGACGCCUUUCAACGGCCCCAUUGCUGUACAAUGGCAGGAUGUAGAAAAGCUCCUGCAGGACUUGAAAUUUACUGAGAUUGAGAUUAUCGAGAAAUUUCGUCACAAGGCUCGGGCGGGAUGGAGUUUCCGCGCGAUCAAGGCGGAUGACGGUGAUCUGCUUGAAGUCGAGGAUCACACCGGAGAGCUCAUCACGAUUGAGCUCCAGCGACGCCGGGGAAUUGGAUCGCGCCAGCACGUCACACCACUGCCUGCCGAAGUGCGCACUAGUUUUGCAACGGAGCCGACUCUCAGGAAGGGGGACAAAGCUAAGCAUCCCCAUCAGCCAGCCGCGCCUGACGGGGAAAUGGCUCCUGAAAGUAUGGACGUUGACGCUGCCAAGCAGGCAGGCGACAAGAGAGAAGCGCAGGCAGCUUCCGCUGAGGCCUCCAAACGCGCUAAGGUGGGGCCACCUGACGGCUUCCAGCCACUGCGCAACGCCG